AUGGAUAGGGAAGCCAAACGGAUUAUUAGGCAAUGCAAAGGAGCCAACAAGAGCGUGGUAAAGCCGCCGCCUCUGGAAGAACUUAUAGCAACAAAUUUAACUGAGGAACUGAUGGAGAAAUUCAAAAUUGGUCGCCAGAAACGGGAGAGACUUCGUAGAUUUCAGAGCGAAUACACCAGAGAUACCAAACGUAAGGAAUUCAGAACGAGGUUGACGCCUCUUUAUAUACAACCUCCUAGAACCAGAGACCCUCAUCGGGUACUUAGAAAGUACGCGGAGGUGUGCCCGUCGACCAGGAUGUGUUUGUUUCAGGAGAGAAGGAUAAGGAAGAGGGUGUGUGCCAAGGAACUGGAAAGUCGGUACGCCCAUAUUGUCGAGGAAAUGAUUGCCGAAAUUCGGGAUGAAUUUGAACGGAUAACACAUGAUGCAGGUGUCAACUUGAAAGUGUUGCCACAAGACGAAACUAACAUGAGAUUUCGAGUUACUCGGUAUAAGUAUUUGGGUAAAACAGAACGAUACCACGUCUACCUUCGAACUCGCAAAGAAUUGCAACAUAAAUUUAUGUUGCACCAUGCUCUCGUCCAGAGAAUAUUUAGAGAAUGUGUAAUGAGCCUUCCUGCCACCUUAUUCAACAUAAGCCUUUUACGAACUAAACCAUAUGAUAUAAAAGAAUUAGAUGACACCUUUAUUCAUUGCGUGUCAGAGGCAGAGACUACCCUUAAAAGGUUUUAUUACAGAAUAGUUGCCAUGGUAGAAGAUGAUAACAAUAAAUUAGAAGGUAGUGCAUAUCAACAUUUGCUAGCCGUAUGCACUGGUCUUUUAUCAGUCUAUAUAAGCAAGGCUAUAUCGCAAACGAUCGAGCACAUAGUAGAAGCCACUGGUUCAGAGAAACUGGUGCCAUAUUUGAGAUUGUCGCUGAGGUGCGGAGAAAACUUGAGUCUAUACCCCAACGAUCAAGAUGUGACUUUAGUUUACACAUUAUUCAUAACUAAUCUGAUUGAUAUAGGAGUCAACUUUCAAGUGCUGGAAACAUACAAAAUUAAAGGAUUUCCAGAAAAGAAUAUUUAUUUGAAUAUUAGUAGUGAUUUUUUCACUGAAAUGUUGGAUAAAGUAGCUUGUAAUGUUAUGGGCAUGUUUGAACCGGUAAUCGAAUAUGUAGAUACUUUAGAUGAAGAGUACAAGGAAAUAUUUAAAAAGGACAGUGUAAAUGACGUGGAAACAGAUUCAUUUCUUAAAGCUUGCUUGAAAAUCCAGCAUUACCAAAACUACAUAAGCAAGGCUAGUUCGAUGUUGUCCAGUGAAUAUUUUGCUGUGGGCCAACUAAUCUUAUCUGAAUACGUUGAGUCAAUGAAGGAGUCUUUGUUUGAGAUCAUCGAAACAAUUUUUGUCAAACUGUGUGAAAUUCAUAUGACUGAAAAUGCACAGAUUUGCAGCGAAUUUGAAAAGAUUAAAGAAGCCGCACUUACCAGGCCUUCCACAAGUGAAGAGCUCAUUGAACAAGGUAAAUAUAUGAUUUGGGUAAAAACGGUGCUUCUGAUCCAGCUGAAGGAGAGAAUUCAGCACAUGCUGAACAAUUUAACUCGUCUUGUUGAAUUUGGCACCGUUAGUAAGGAGCACAUGGAGUUAAAUGCAGUCACUGUUAACUGGCUCAAAAAUAUUGAACCUGUUUUGGAUCAGAAUUCAAGCAUGUACGAGCAAAUCAAAUUUGAACAUGAAGAGAAGUUACAGCAAACAAUCGCCUAUGUCAAUUCAUCGGCUGUUAAGUUGGUGCCCCAGCUGGAAGUGUUUGAUGACAUGGACGAUGUUGAGAGGGCGAGGGAAUAUGUACACCAAAUGAAAAUUUUUCUGGCGAAACUUAAAGAACUCCGUGAGAAAAUUGUGUGGAUAAAUAAGGAACAACAAUGUUUGGGUUUCAAUGUGUCUCCUUUCAAAAACGUAGAGGAACUGGAAAAUUUCGUUUAUCCAUUCUUCCAUUUGCUAAAAGUAUGCUUGAAUAUAAGGAGACACGUGAAUGUAUGGUUGGACGGACCAUUUGAAUUUUUAAAUUUUGAAGACACUGAUGAGUUGGUGGAAAAUUAUAUGAAAGAGUUGCUCAAAAUACAAAAAAAUUAUCGCAUAAAGUUGAGGCAAGCUCAAGCAGAAAAUACUCCACUUCGGUUCUUUGGUAUAGUGGAUGAUCCCGACAUAAACAGCAGGCCAGCACCUAUAAAAUUAACUACGUUGGCGAUCCAGAUAUUGAAAGAUUUCAGGCCUGCUCUAACUCUAAUGAGGAUUAUGUGCAACGACGCCCUGAUGAAACGACACUGGAAGGAAAUGUCCUCAAUAGCAGGUUUUGAUUUGACUCCAAAUGCCGGCACCUCACUGCGAAAACUGACAAAAAUGGGACUGGAUCAGGAUAUGGAUCUUUAUGAUGUGAUUAGUUCAGGAGCGACGAAAGAACGUGAACUUCUCAAAAACCUCCUUAAGAUGCAGGGCGAAUGGGCCGAAAUAUGUUUCAAGACUGGCGGCUUCAAAGACACGAACAUUACAAUUCUUACUGCAUUGGACGACAUUCAAGUCGUGCUGGACGAUCACAUUCUUAAAGCGCUGACGAUGCGUGGCUCUAUCUUUGUGAAGCCUUACGAGACAGAAGUUAGGGCCUUUUACGACAGGCUGGUGAGAAUUAAUUCGACGAUAGACGUGUGGGGCAAAGUUCAAAGCCAGUGGCUGUAUCUGUUACCAAUAUUUUCAUCGAAGGACAUCGUCGCACAGAUGCCUGAAGAGGGAAACUUGUUCAAAGAGGUAAACGAUACCUAUAAGAGGUACAUAGAUGUGGUUCUUCACGACCCGAGAGUUUAUGAAACUGCCGGGGCCGUGGGCGUACUCGAGUCGAUGGAGUACUGCUGUCAGCUUCUUGAACAGAUCAAUGAUGGUGUUACAAACUAUCUCGAGAAGAAAAGGUUAUUUUUUCCGAGAUUUUUCUUCUUAUCAAAUGACGAAAUGCUGGAGAUAUUAUCUGAAACUAAGGAUCCCCUCAGGGUGCAACCGCACCUAAAGAAAUGUUUUGAGGCUAUCAACUCCUUAGAUUUCGAUGAUAAACUGCAGAUAUCAGCAAUGUACAGUCAAGAGGGUGAAAAGGUAAAUUUCAAAAGUUUGGUUAAUACUAAGGACGCGGGAGGCAGUGUGGAAAAGUGGCUGAUCCAAGUGGAGAACCAGAUGGUCGUGUCGGUGAAUGAUCAGAUACUGAAGAGCUAUAAGUUUUACCUCGUUACACCUAGGUGCCUUUGGAUUCAGAAGUGGCCCGGGCAAAUUAUUUUAUGCGUAUCUCAGAUGCAUUGGACUUACGAUGUGCACAAGGCCCUAAAUAGAGAGGAAAAUAUGAAUAUUAGUACUUUUGCUGAACAAUUGAGGGUGCAGCUACAACAAACAGUAGCGUUGAUAAGGGACCCUUCCUUGACCAAUCUUUCAAGAAUUACAGUGAAGGCCCUUAUUGUAAUUGAUGUACACGCAAAGGAUGUGGUAGAAGAUUUGGAUAAGAAAAAUGUUGGUAAUGACAAGGAAUUUAAGUGGCUGUCGCAGCUACGUUACUAUCUAGAAGAUGAUGUUCCUCUUGUCAGAUUGAUAAACGCCACUGUUAAAUAUGCCUGCGAAUAUUUAGGAAAUACGGAUCGAUUGGUGAUUACCCCUCUGACAGAUCGAUGUUAUAGAACCUUGAUUGGUGCUUUUCACCUCCAUUUAAAUGGCGCACCAGAAGGCCCGGCAGGCACGGGGAAAACGGAGACGACUAAAGAUCUAGCUAAAGCUAUAGCCGUCCAGUGCGUAGUCUUCAACUGUUCCGACGGACUGGACUACAAAGCAAUGGGCAAGUUCUUUAAAGGACUAGCGUCCUGUGGUGCCUGGGUCUGCUUCGACGAAUUCAAUAGAAUAGACAUUGAGGUAUUAUCUGUCGUGGCACAACAGAUAUUGUCUAUUGUGUUAGCGGUUCGAGCACAUGCAAGCAAGUUCAACUUUGAGGGGACAGAAAUAUCCCUUAAUCCGUCAUGUUAUGUUUGCAUCACCAUGAAUCCUGGCUACGCAGGAAGAUCGGAGCUACCGGAUAAUUUGAAAGUGUUGUUCCGGACAGUUGCUAUGAUGGUCCCAGAUUAUGCCAUGAUCGGCGAGAUAUCGUUGUAUUCUUAUGGAUUUAUCAAUGCUAGAGAUUUGUCCGUUAAGAUCGUCACCGUAUAUAGACUCUGCUCUGAACAGCUGUCAUCGCAAAAUCACUACGAUUAUGGUAUGAGGGCAGUAAAAUCAGUCCUUUCGGCUGCAGGAAACAAUAAGAGAAAAGCUCCUAAUGAGAAUGAGCACAUUUUACUUCUGAGAGCUAUUCUGGACGUCAACUUGCCCAAAUUUCUCCAUCACGAUUUGCCAUUAUUCGACGGCAUUAUCAGUGACCUGUUUCCCGGCAUAGUUCUGCCACAAGCCGAUUACUCUGUCUUAACAACGGCAAUGCUCACUUCCAUUAACAAUAGGAAAUUACAGCCAAAGGAACCCUUUCUGGUUAAAAUCAUUCAGACUUACGAAAUGAUGAUAGUGCGAUGGGGCUUUAUGAUGGUCGGACUGCCAUUCGCUGGAAAAUCGUCGACAUUGAAAGUGCUAGCAGAUUCACUCACGCUUCUCAAUAAACAAGGACACAAUGAGGAGAAAGUUCAUUAUCUGAUACUGAACCCAAAAGCCGUUACAAUGGGCCAACUAUAUGGGCAAUUUGACCCUGUCUCAUACGAAUGGUUUGACGGAAUAGUGGCAACGGGUUUCCGAAAUUUUGCCACUGAUCCAAGUCCUGAUAGAAAAUGGAUGAUAUUUGAUGGUCCCGUGGACGCGGUUUGGAUUGAAAACAUGAAUAGCGUGUUGGACGACAAUAAGAAGCUUUGUCUGAUGUCUGGUGAAGUUAUGUCAAUGACUAACUCGAUGUCUCUUAUAUUUGAGGUUAUGGACUUGGAACAAGCGUCACCUGCUACGGUGUCUCGUUGUGGCAUGAUAUACUUAGAGCCGUCCACUUUGGGUUGGCAGCCGUUUGUCGAAUCUUGGAUACCCACUUGCAAUCCAGAGUGGUGCGGAGAAACAAGGAAAGACAUGAUUUUCACCAUGUUCGAGUGGAUGGUGCCCCCAUGUUUGCAAUUCAUAAGAAAAUAUUGCGUACAGUACUGCAAUCCCGGCGAAAUAAGUUUGGUGAGGAAUAUGAUGUUGAUGUUGGAAAUGCUUCUAAAUGAUGCGAUACAUGGCAGUACGAAGAAGGAGGAGGAGGCAAAGCAUUUGGACCUUUGGAUACAGAUAACUUUCAUUCAAGCAGGGGUGUGGGGUUUGGGAUCCAUUUUAGAUAAAGAUUCGAGGACAAAGUUUGACGAAUUUUAUAAACAGCUUUGGAGAGGACAGCUGGAAGAGGAGUAUCCUUUUCCAGAAACUGUAGAAAAAAUGGAAAUAUCUAUUCCGUCAGAAGGGAUACUGUUCGAUUAUAGUUAUCAUUACAAGAUGAAAGGGAAUUGGAGGUACUGGCCUGAAGUUGUCAGAACGGAAAGGGUUGACGAAUGUAAAAAUAUUCUCCAGGCCCUCAUUCCCACGGUUGAUACAGCCAGAUACAUGGCUUUGAUCGAUAUGCACAUCCGCUACAAAAACCCUCUGCUGCUGAUGGGUCCGACCGGAACAGGGAAAAGUUUCUAUAUGACGGACAUUCUGAUGAAUCAGUUGAACAAGGAAAAGUAUGAACCCGCUUUCAUCACCUUCACAGUCCAGAUAUCGGCCAACCAGGCACAGGAACUGGUUAUCUCCAAGUUGAACAAAAGGAAGAGAGGCCACUACGGACCACCUAAAGGAAAAACUACCGUGCUUUUUAUCGACGAUGUAAAUAUGCCUCUUAAAGAAGUCUAUGGUGCUCAGCCUCCAAUAGAACUGUUGAGGCAAUAUUUCGAUCACAAGAACUGGUAUGAUUUAAAAACAACCAGCCCAAUCUACCUUUAUGACAUUUUAUUCCUCGGUGCAAUGGGCUUGGUAGGGGGAAGCAGACAGGAAAUCUAUCCUAGAUUCCUAAGACACUUUAACAUAUUCUCUAUCAAUGAAUUUUCCUUGGACAGCAUGUCAAAAAUUUAUGCUAAUGUUCUUCUGCUGGGGUGGAAAAACAACGGUUUUCCUUCUGAAAUCAUCUCAGUAGUACACCAGGUAGUCACCGCCAGCAUCGAUGUUUAUAAUGCGGCAACGGAGAACUUGAGACCAACUCCGUCAAAAAGUCACUAUGUGUUUAAUUUGAGAGACUUUUCACGAUUGAUACAAGGCUGUGCAAUGUUGAGGAAGGAAUCAGCCGAACAAAAAAAGACGUUUGCGAAGAUAUGGGUUCACGAGGUAAUGAGGGUCUUUUAUGACAGAUUGAUAGAAAAGAAAGACAAAGAGUGGUUGUAUAGUAAGCUCCGGACGUCUGUGAAGGAUCAGUUUAGAGAGAAUUUUGAGGUUUGCUUUGAGAACUUGCCAAGAGAGGCAGACGGUUUAAUAAGUGAAAACUCCCUGAAAAAUCUCAUGUUUGGCACCUACUUUGACCAAGACUCCGACGAAGACAAGCGUUACGAUGAAGUUUUAAAUAUACAGCAGUUCAGAGAAUUAGGCGAAAACUGUUUGCAUGAAUAUAAUGCCACUCAUAAAAAUAAGAUGGACAUUGUCCUGUUCGAUUAUGCAUUGGAGCAUUUAUCAAAAAUUUGCAGAGUUUUGUCAAUGAACUGUGGAAGUGCACUUCUGGUUGGCAUUAGUGGAUCUGGAAGGCAGUCCUUAACACGUCUCGCCAGCGAAAUAUACGGACAGGCACUUUUCCAGCCAGAAAUCACCAAUAACUAUACAAUUAGUGAUUGGCGGGAUGAUAUCAAAAUAAUCUUGAAAGAAGCCGGCGGUCGUGGGAAACACUGUGUCUUCUUGAUAACAGAAGGUCAAAUCAAAGAGGAAAACUUUUUGCAGGACGUAGACUGUCUACUUAAUUCUGGUGAAGUUCCCAAUAUGUACGCCAUUGACGAAAAGCAAGAGAUUCUGGAUAUGGUCCGGCUAGCGGCCCAAGGUGGUAACCGAAAUUUGGACGUCGGCUCCUUAGAGGUGUUCUUCUUCUUCACAAAACGUUGUAAGGAUAAGCUGCACAUUAUCCUUUGCUUUAGUCCGGUAGGUUCCACGUUCAGGAAUCGAUUGCGGCUCUUUCCGUCUCUUAUCAAUUGUUGCACUAUCGAUUGGUUUGAAGACUGGCCUGAACAAGCUCUGGAGGAGGUCGCACAUUCUUGGAUGGAGGAUAUCAAUCUUUCCGAUGAAAUUAAGCACUACUCUGUGGUUGCUUGCAAGUAUUUUCAUGUAGAAGCCCGAAACAAUUCAGAUCUAUUUUUCAAAUCUCUGAACAGAAAAACUUACAUCACUUCGGCUUCGUAUCUGGAACUAAUAAGAUCUUUCACGGAUCUGACGAAUAAAAAGCAGAACGAGGUUAUGCAGGCUAAGAAGAGAUACGAGGGAGGCUUAGAAAAGUUAUAUCACGCCUCUGUGAGCAUAGGGGAAAUGCAGAAGUCAUUAGCAGAACUACAGCCCCAACUGAAGGAUAUGAGCGAGCAGGCUACUAAAAUGACGAAACAGAUAGAACAUGAAACGAUAACCGUGGAAAAAGCAUCGGCGGUAGUCAAAGAAGACGAGAAAGUUGCUAACAAACAAGCCGCAGCUGCUCAGAACUUGAAGAGAGAAUGUGAAGCAGAUCUAGCUGAAGCCAUACCAAUUUUAGAUGAGGCCAUCGCAGCUUUGGAUACCUUAAAGCCUGCAGAUAUAACUUUGGUGAAAUCUAUGAAGAAUCCUCCGGAAAUAAUAAAAUUGGUAAUGGCUGCUGUUUGCAUAAUAAAAGAUGUGAAGCCAGAUCGGAAACCUGAUCCUUCUACUGGCAAAAUGACACUUGAUUUCUGGGGGCCCUCUAAAAGGUUAUUGGGUGAUAUGAAUUUUCUUCAGGGCCUAAAAGAUUUCGACAAAGAUAACAUAAAACCGGAUGUAAUGGUCAAACUCAGAAAGGAAUACAUCCCCCACAAAGACUUCAAGCCGAGCAUAGUUGCCAAGGCAUCUAGUGCGGCCGAGGGGUUGUGUAAAUGGAUAAUAGCCAUGGAUAUGUAUGAUAGAGUUAACAAAAUCGUCGCUCCUAAAAAAGCCAAACUCGCUGCAGCCGAAACAGAAUUUGCCGCUACUAUGGCCCUGUUAUCAGAAAAAAGGAACCAAGUCAUGAAACUGGAGGAGCAGCUGGCGAUACUGAAUGAAAAGUUGGCGGAAGCCGUGGCCAAACAAACCAGUCUACAAGAAAACGUUGAUUUAUGUAAUAACAAACUCAUCAGAGCUCAGAAACUGAUAGGUGGCCUGGGUGGAGAGAAAACAAGAUGGCAAGCGGCAGCGGAGGCCCUUCAAGUGCAAUAUGAUGGUCUAGCAGGAGAUAUCCUAAUAUCUUGCGGAAUCAUUUCCUAUCUUUCGCCAUUCAACAGUAUCUUUAGGCAGAGAAUUGUAGCGGAUUGGCACAAAUAUGUAAAGGACCUCAAAAUACCCACGGGCGAUGCAUACGAUAUGGUUUACGUGCUGGGUUCAGAUGUUAAGAUUCAAAAUUGGUAUAUUUAUGGUUUACCAAGGGACAGUUUUUCAACGGAAAAUGGAAUAAUUAUGGACAACUCUAGGCGUUGGUCAUUAUUCGUAGAUCCCCAGUCUCAAGCCAGCAAUUGGAUAAAGAAAAUGGAGAAGCUCAACAACUUGGAAGUUGUUAAAUUCUCAUUUCCCGAUUAUAUGAAAAGAAUAGAAGUCUGUGUCCAACUGGGCUAUCCCGCUUUAGUGGAGAGUAUAGGGGAGGAACUGGAGGCACCUUUAGAUCCGUUGUUAUAUAAAAAAGUAUUUAAGCAAGCUGGAAUGUUGGUCAUAAGUCUAGGGGAAAAUGUUACAGAAUACAAUACUAAUUUUCGAUUAUACUUGACGUCGAAACUAAGAAAUCCACAUUAUUUACCGGAAGUUUUCAACAGAGUUACCAUUAUCAAUUUUGCACUUACUUUGGAAGGAUUGCAAGAUCAAUUAUUAGGUAUUGUUGUGGCAGUUGAAAAACCUGACUUGCAACAAUUAAAGGAGGAACUAAUCGUACAAAAGGCAGAGAACAAACGGGCCUUACAGGAAACGGAAGAAAACAUUCUUAAAACGUUGGCAGAAUCAAAGGGCGAUAUCCUGGAAGACGAAAAGGCGAUUCAGAUAUUAGACGAAUCGAAAUCCUUAUCGAAGGAAAUUCGCGAGAAACAAGAGAGGUCCUUGGAAAUUGAGAAAACCAUCGAAGAAUUCAGAGGAAAAUAUAAGAUAGUUUCUGAACAUUCGGCGGUCCUCUAUUAUUGUAUUUCCGAUUUAGCCAAUGUCGAUCCGAUGUAUCAAUAUUCGCUAGACUGGUUCAUAAACCUCUAUAUUGGUUCCAUACAGAGAGCUGAAAAGUUUCGUAAUAUUGAGAAGAGAUGUCAGAGUCUUAUUAAUGCCUUCACUUACGAUCUUUACAGUAAUAUUACUCGUUCGCUGUUCGAAAAGGACAAAUUACUCUUUUCCUUCCUGCUCUGCUCAAAGAUAAUGAUGUUUCAGCAAAGGAUGGAUGAACAAGAAUUUAUGUUCCUUCUCACGGGUGGGGUGGCGGUGGAAAAUCUGAUCCGCAAUCCCUGUAGCUCUUGGCUGCCCCACAAUGCUUGGGACGAAAUUUGCAGGGUGGAUGAUCUGAAAAGUUUUAAUAAUUUUUCAAAAAUCUUUACCAAAAACGAGUCUUUCUGGAAAGAAAUAUAUGACGACUUUCAGGAGAACUUUGUACUUCCGAAACAGUGGGAAAAAUUAAACUCUUUCAAGAGGUUAAUUAUAGUGAGGAUGUUGAGACCUGACAAAUUGCUCACUUGUAUAAUGAGUUUUGUGAAGACUGAAAUGGACGAGAGAUUUGUUAAACCUCCACCCUUCGAUAUAGCUGUGUCUUACUCUGACUCGUACAGUUUGUGCCCUUUAAUAUUUAUAUUGUCGCCCGGUACCGAUCCCAUGGCUGCACUUGUCAAGUUUGCUGAAGAGAUGAAAAUGACUGACAGGUUUCAUUCAAUAUCGUUGGGACAAGGCCAAGGGCCUAUGGCCUCGGCUAUGAUAAAAGAAGGCCAAGAUGCAGGCAUGUGGGUCUGUCUACAGAACUGCCAUUUGGCAACUUCAUGGAUGCCGACGCUAGAGAAAAUAUUUGAUAAUUUGGAUUUUUCAAAUACACACGAUCAAUUCCGUUUGUGGUUGACCAGUUACCCCUCUCCCAAAUUCCCUGUGACUCUUUUACAGAAAGGCGUAAAAAUGACGAACGAGCCUCCACAGGGAUUGCAGAAUAAUCUUUUGAAGUCAUACAUCAGUGAUCCCGUAAAAAAUCCUGAUUUCUAUGAUGGCUGUCCGGAGCACGAAGAAAUGUUUGCUCGAUUGCUGUAUGGCCUUGCCUUCUUUCAUGCUUGUGUACAGGAAAGAAGAACUUUCGGUCCGUUGGGCUGGAACAUCGCAUAUGGUUUCAAUGACUCCGAUUUCGACAUAUCCGUACAGCAACUGCAAAUGUUCAUAAAUGAAAGCGAAGAUCCAUACGAGGCUCUAGCGUAUCUAAUAGGCGAAUGCAAUUACGGAGGUCGAGUUACAGACAACUGGGACCGCAGACUAAUAGUAACAAUUCUGGAGACUUAUUUAAAUCCGAUGGUAGUGUAUAACUCGGAGUACUCCUUUAGUGAAGUGGGAAGUUGUUAUGGGCUGCCGGAGCGCUGUGAUUACGAAUCCUAUAUUCGACACAUACAGUCUCUUCCCAGCAAUCACCCACCCGAAGUAUUUGGUUUGCAUACAAACGCAGGCAUAACAAGAGACUUACAAGAUUCCACUCUAUUGCUGAAUUCUGUAUUGAAAGUAUAUGGCGAGACUGCAGGAGCAUCAGUCGGCGAAACUGACAAAUACUUGAUGGUAUUGUGCACUGAUAUCUUGUCUAAAUUGCCCAAACCUUUUGAUUUGGAAGUGGCAAAAACACAGUAUCCUGUGGAAUAUUCGGAAUCCAUGAACACUGUUCUGGUCCAAGAAAUGGAGAGGUUCAAUAAAUUACUGAAAGUUAUCGCUGGUUCAUUGAUCACAAUGCAGAAAGCUAUUCAAGGUCUUGUCGCAAUGUCCCCAGCAUUGGAAGCGUUCUCAAGUUCUCUAAUGCUUGGGAGAAUACCGGACAACUGGGCAGCCGUUUCCUAUCCCAGUCUAAAGAAUUUACCCAGUUACGUUUCCGACUUCAUCAUCAGAAUGGAAUUUCUACAAAACUGGUUCAAGAAGGGUAAACCACCAACGUUUUGGGUGUCUGGAUUCUUCUUCACACAGGCUUUUCUAACUGGUGUUAAGCAAAACUAUGCAAGAAAAUAUACAAUACCUAUUGAUAAGUUGACUUUUGAUUUUGCAAUUUUAAAAGUUGAUGAUCAGAGUACUCCUCCUCCCGAUGGAGCUUAUAUUUUUGGUUUAUUUACCGAUGGUGCUAGAUGGUAUAGGGACCAGGGAAAAUUAGAAGAACUGUUUCCAAAAAUUUUAUAUGAUGUAUUACCAAUCGUUUGGCUUCAACCAAUAAAAGAAUCUGAUUUUAAUCCAGGUAAAAGGUACACAUGCCCAGUGUAUAAAACAUCCGCUCGAAAAGGUACUCUUUCAACUACAGGACAUUCGACUAAUUACGUCCUCCCCAUCUUGUUGGAUACCGAUAAAGAUCCUUCUCAUUGGAUAAAAAGGAGUGUCGCAUUGCUGUGUCAGCUAAAUUAG